AGUCUCUUCAUUCUAUACGAGGCGACAGUCUAUGUGUACGGUCAGUAGUAUCGCGGGUUUGGUACACAACUAUCACUGAACGAACAACCAGAGAUAGCACGCGUGUAUUUUAUUAGAAUUACGGGAAAAUCGGCAAACUCUAGGAAACGCGAAUAAAAUCGCUUCACGAGAACGACCAGCGUUCCUCGAGCCAACCACAGCCGCGAACCAUAACCACAUCCUUUGCUAUCUAGUAGUUUGAAUCAAGAAUCAGUGCGCGGGUCUAUCCCGCGUCGAAGUUCGUUUCUCAGAAGAUUUAUUGCCUAAUUCUCGAGAAUAGCAGACGUUUCUAUUGGGAAUUGAAAUUGGGAAGGAAAAACGAAAAGGAUCUAUCAACAGGAAGAAAUUUGACACCAUCUUCGUUCGUCUUAUCAGGCGAUAGCCUUCACGUGCUUCGUUUUUUGGAAGAAGAAUUGAUUAUCUACACGACAGGAUGAAGCUAGUAUUCUUAGUGACUUUGCUGGCGGUUCUGUACACCGUCCAAUAUUCCAAUAGUGCGGCAGUCAGAUCGGAGGAAUUUGCCGAACAAUUACGCAGGAUUGUUCAUGAAAUGCAUCCCGAUAACCUGAGAACGCAAAGAGCAACCGAAAGCGGAAAUGACGACCGUCCGAAACGGAAUUGUUAUGAUACACCCUGCGGAUGGAAUACAUACAAUCCUGUCACUCGGCGAAGCACGAUUUUCAUGCCGAAUACAUGCAAGUGUCCUGAUGAAACGUAUAAGUGUGUGCGCACUGGAGAAAAUGUAUCUAUGAGUGCAUACGUAUAUCACUGCCGUCAAAAUACGACAGCGGAUGACAUCGAAGGCGAGACAGCCGAAGAUAUGGAUUAUCUUAGUUAAGAAACAUGAUAAACAAACAUACCUGAAUGACAAAUGCCUUCUCAAACAACCGUGGUCAUGGUGGUUAUCACCGUCCUUGCUGUCUCAUCAUUGAACGAAGUGAAUUUUCCGUUUUUCAAAAAAACACUUUGACACUCUGUUUAAAUAUUAUGUCAACUAUUACACUCGCGUACAUAAAUCUAUAACAAAAAACAUGUCACAAUAUCACAAAUUAUAUAUAUUAAAUAAUUUUAUGCGGCCUGUCUAAGUGCUAUUAAUAUUUGAACGAACACUGCGGAAACGAAAUCAAAUAUCGGUUCGAUAUUUAAAAUCAAAUAUGGCCGCGAUAUAAUUCGAUAUAUUUCGAUAAUCGAAAUUAGAGACAAGA